UGCUUUUCUAGGUCGAUAUUGUGGUUGUGGUUGGCAAAGCGCCGCAGACGCAACAAACGCAUAGCACACUAAUCACUGAAUAUUUGGCAGGUCUGACAGCAAGUUAUGGUGUAGGAUUGCAUGUGUUCCAUGGUGGUUUGGUUGGAUGUGUGAAUGUGUGCGUAUGUGCGUGAAGUGCGGUGAUGAUGUCGGUGUCGGAUGUACAAGUGUUUGAUCCUGUACUUUUGAACACGUUCCUGAUUCGGAAGAAGAGAUGCAGGGUUUAUUUCCAUCGUGGAACUUUAAUUUGGGAGUCGGAAGGGGCAUCUUAUACCCGCCACAGACUACCACUGUCUGAUGUAAUGGCAGUCCACUACGUUCACUCUCCGGACCAGACGCACUGUUGUCCCGCAGCAGACCAAGAUGGAAACAAUGUUGACGAUAAACCCGUCAGCGAAUUGACGGCUGCGGCCCCACCGAGACACACUGGUUUCACCCUCCAUUACGCAGCCAGAUCAGCCAAGAACAAAUGGAAGCAUGAGACAGUGACCAUGAAUCACACUGACCCUCGGCAAGUCGCUUCGUGGGUGAAGACGAUUCGUAAUUGCCUCAGCGGUUUGCAGAAGAGACCUAAGCGACUUCUCCUGUUUGUGAAUCCUUAUGGAGGAAAGAAGAAAGGACUGCAGAUAUAUGAGAAGCAAGUGAAACCACUGUUUGUUCUGGCAGGAAUUGAGACCAAUGUGAUAAUUACACAGCGACAAAACCACGCUAGAGACACGCUUCUCAACUGUUCCUUUGAUAGUAUAGAUGGUGUGGCAUGCAUAGGUGGUGAUGGCACUUUCGCUGAAGUAUUCAAUGGGUUGGUUCUAAGAACAGCCAGAGACUGUGGUGUAGAUCACAACGAUCCUGAUGCUAUACUUCCGAAACCCUUCUUCAGAGUGGGGGUUAUUCCGGGUGGUAGCACCGAUACCAUGGCGUAUUGUUUCAAUGGAACAACAGACAUUCAGACUGCUGUCCUGUACAUCAUUCUCGGUGACAGUACUGGUCUGGAUCUAUGCAGCGUCCAUAGUAAUGCAACGUUAUUGCAGUAUUUCUCCAGUGUUAUAUCCUAUGGCUACCUGGGUGAUGUUGUCAGGGACAGUGAGAAGUUUCGCUGGAUGGGGCCCAAACGAUAUGAGUACUCUGGUUUCAAGAAAUUCAUGGCAAAUAAUGGUUAUGAAGGUGAAGUAACUUUGCUUGCUGACAGUUGUAGUCCCUCAAGUGGGCCGAAGUGUAUGGAAAAUUGUGCAAGAUGUCAAUCCCAUGCAGAAAAUGAACAAAACAAAACAGCUCAGAGUCACGGGGAAUUGAAGACAUUUCGUGGGAAAUUCUUCAUGGUCAGUGGUGCUAAUGUGUCUUGUGCAUGUACACGUAGUCCAAAUGGUAUAUCCCCAUUUUGCCACUUAGGAGAUGGUUGUGUGGAUGUGCUAAUUAUAAAGCACACACACUUGCUGAACAAUCUGAAGUUGCUUUUACGUCUGUCCAGUAAAGAAAAAAAUGUGUUUGAUUUGCCUUUUGUGGAAGUCCAUCGUGCCAGAGAGUUCACAUUCCGAGCACUUCCAGCUCCAGUCUCUAAUCCAGAGUUCCCUUCACGCAGGCUUAUACCGGGAGUCAGUGUCUGGAACUGUGAUGGGGAGGUCCAGUGGGAAUCAAAUAUUAGAAUAAGGGUUCAUUGUCAAUUGCUGCAAGUAUUCACACGGAGAAGCCAGGAAAGCAGUGAAGAAACUUCAUGCGGGGUGUGUUCAUUUUGAUGUCGCAGGAUGAGAAGAAAUAGUACCUUGCAAUCAAAGUGCCCUGUACAUUUAUAAGUUUUAAAUGGAAUCAGCAUGGUUAAGUUUAAUAGAACAGAAUGUCAUGCUACAACAACUUGCGAAUAUUGUGCCUUUUAUUUUGUUGCAUUUGGCCUGAUUUCUUUUUAUUUAUGUGACAGUAUUUUUAAUUCAUUAUUAUUUACAGAAUGUUUCACUUGGGAGUGACAUAAGCUGUAUGAUAGCUUAUUAUAUUUUAGAUAUGGAUAACUGUCAUAAGGAAUUACUGUACUAAUAUAUGAACACCUCUGCUGUUAAUGGAGAGAUAAUUGGUUUUACCAGAUGAUCCUGAACUCAUAGUUCUGCCACAGAGGUAUUAUUGGCUAACUAAAAUAUCUUUGAGGCUCUGUCAUACCUAAAGUAGAGAAAAGUCAUGCAUGCAAGAAGACCUGAAGUAUGGGAAUUCCCCAGUCAUGUCGUAACCAUAGAUUCUAAUAACUUUAUGGCAACAUAAUAAUUUAUUAUCUGAUGAUUACGAGACCUCAAAGAUAUUUUGACACCUUACAAUUAUGUUAUAUAUAUUAAUUAUGGACAAUCAGUAUAACAGCAUCAGUAUGAAAACUUAAUUUUUCUAAAGAGAUUUUACAAAUAGGUUAUAAUUAAGUUUGCCUUUGUUGUAUUAAUUAUGGACAAUCAGUAUAACAGCAUCAGUAUGAAAACUUAAUUUUUCUAAAGAGAUUUUACAAAUAGGUUAUAAUUAAGUUGUUUGCCUUUGUUGCAUAAACUGGAUUGAGUAUUAGUGGGUUCUGUUGGUCAGCUUGGUUGAGUGGUCUUGGACCUGAGCUGUAAACUGAAACUUGGGGGUUAGUUCUAAGACUGGGCGUUCUUUGUAACAAUUUAUGUAUUACAAGUGAUCAGUAGAAUGUAACAUCAAACCCUUAAGUUCAUCGUAACUCCACUGUCUAGAUCAGGACUGUGCCAAUUUUCAUGCUUAUAGUAGAGUUCCACCCCUUUGUGGACUGGGUAGUGCUCAAGAUGAAGAUCAGUUUUAGAGGUGGCUGGUGCUAGUAUAUAUACUUAAUAAUGGGCGGUCACAACAUCACUUUUACAUGUGACCUAUGGUGUAUGGACUGCUGCUGUAUUUCCUAUUAAUUUAUAUGGUUAUGAAGCAUUGUUUUCUAAUUUGAGGAAAUAACAUAAAUUGCAAAUACUUGAAAACAAAGCCAUAACAAAAAUAUUUGGAUCUGACAGAUAAAAUGAGUGGACUAUGGAAGAAAUUUCAUUCAUUCAUUCAUUCAUUCUUUAGUAUCUCUAUAGCCCUUUGUUGGUCCCAGGCCUCUUCAUCAGUUUUGUAACCUUUUUUACAUAGACCGUAGGAUUUCUUGGAUGAAUGAUCAGCCCAUUGCAAGGCCACUACCUACACAUAGGACAAUACAAAAAAAUUAAUGCAUGCACAGACAUCCAUGCCUUGAGUGGGAUUCAAGCCCACAAUCCCAGUAUUUGAGUGAGCGAAGACUGUUCAUGCCUUAGACUGCGCAUCCACCAUGAUCGGCAUGGAAGAAAUUAUAUAGUGAAAAUCUUCUUAAUGUUUUUGGGUUCUUCUAGCAGUAUUACAUAGUCAGCUCGAUAAGGUUUUGAUAGGCUGGAUAUGCAAGUAUAUCUUUCCUACACAAGGAAAACAAGGACUGAAUAUAUUUGGCGGUUGGAAAUUCUUUUGGAGAGUGCCCGCCUGAAAGAGGGAUAUGAAAGGAUAAUGCUGGAAUGCAUUUUUACAAAAUAUGUUACGAAGAUAUGGAUUUUAUUUAGUUGACUGAGGAUAGGAUCAAAUUACAUGAUUUUGUGUCAAUAAUAUCGAAACUUCAGUUCCUACUACCACAGAUAUUGUUAUUUAGAAAUAUCAGUAUCAUUUUUAAAAUAUAAUUUGAUAAUAUAACUUGUAAGAUAUACUAAUUGCUCUAUUCUCUGUAUGUAAAUGGACGAAAGGUACAUGUUAAGUACUGAGUCAGGCUCAUGAAGUGGCCCUUGUCAGUGGUUCAGGUAUAUCAUUAACAGGCAAUGGAAAAACACUACAUCAUUUGGAAUCAUAUUAGGGGGGUAAUGGUAUGAACUUUAAAGGGGAAUGGAAACCCUGAACUUCUCUAGCAACAGAAAAUGAAAAGAUGAAAAACUUCUUUAGACAUUGCAUCUCUGACAUAUUUUUGAAUUUAAUUUUAGGAUUAAUUAGAGUAUUAAAAAAUUCCGCUGUAGAGUAGUAGGAAUGACCGUACUCUUACCAGUGCUGUGUAUCACAGCCCUAUCCUCCUUCAUCUUUGUACCUUCCACAUACAGAGUAUUCAGUUCAACUAAUGAGUUUUGCAAACUGUUACAGCAUCAGAGCAUCAUGUGUCAUAUGACAGUAAUGAGUAUUUUUGUUCUUCUCAGUUUUCACAUUUAUUGGGUUAAUUUAGACCAGGAUAUAUAAUUUUCAUAAACAACAGUUCUUGUUAUCAGUUAUGUUAUGUAAGAUUAGGUUUCAUUUUGUGAUAUUAGUGUAAUUCAUAUUGUUAAAAAUUACAAUUAGUGAAUAUUUCAUUAUGUAUGCUUUAUCUUAUUUUUCCUGCCUCUUCUCUCUGUAUCUUCAUUCUUGGCAUGUCUGAACUUCACAUUAAUUUGUGUCAGAUCCGAAAUACCCUGUACUUUUCACUGUGGAAGAAGGUAUGUGGGGAUGACUGAAUUUUUGGCAAAUGAACUACAUUCCAUACAGACGUCAAUUAUUUGGUAGACUCUGAAUAUUGCUCAUUUUGCCAAAAGUCAGCACCUUAGAUCUCGAAGAUUUAAGUAAGUAAAUAGCAUCCAGUACUCCCUUAAUGUGUAUUACACAAAAAUGAUUUCUUGAAAUGUUGUAAAGUUCCAUAUCGCCCCACGCAAUGCUUCCAAACCAGUGUUCUUCACACUGUAUAUCAUAUUUUGAACUCAUUCAUGUCACAAAUCCAAGCCACUGAUUUUGUACUGGUCAGUACACAGGAAGAAUGCGUUAAUAUUUAAAAUCAAAAUUAGGCUCAAAAUGUAUAAUUAAGUUGUGCAUGUAUUAUGACUAGUAUGGUUCAAAUUUUAAAGAACAAUUUUUUUUUUUUGUGAUACUUGUUGUUUUAUGUUGAGAUUAUUUAUUUUGAAGAGUAUUAUAAUGUAUUAAUAUUGUUAAAUACUUCAUGUGUAAACUACUUAUGUAUGAUAUUUUGUGAUAUAAAUAUGGAAUACUGUAUUUACGCAUGUAUAGGCCACACAUUUUUUGCCAAAAAUUCAAGAGGAAAACUGGGGUGCGGCUUAU